AUGUCUGCUGUUCCUGGUCCCGUCUAUGGCCUCGAGGUCCCGCCCGGCGAGAUCUUGAUCCCGGCCUCUAUGGACUUUCCUGCAUCUUUCCGCAUCACCAUGGCUGCCCUGGAUCCUACUGCGCAGCCCGAGGCCGACGAAGAGGGCAACGUGCCCAGCGUUCCUCGCUCUACCCUGCGGCUUGUCAAGCGGGCUUUUCCUGGUCUCGAUGAGGAUGAGGAUGAGGAUGAUGAGAUUGACGACGAAUACAUGAAGGCAAUGCUCGCUGCCUCUGAUGAUGACGACGAUGAUGAGGAGGAGGAGGCUAAUGGAGGCCCUAGCGAUCCUGCCAAGGCUAAGAAACAAAAACAGGCUGCUGCCAUCAAAGCCCUCCUUGAGGCCACACAGGAUAAAGACGAUGAUGAUGAUGAAGAGAUGGAAGAUGCCAAACCCAACGGUGCUAAGUCCAAGGAUAAGUCCAAGGAUAAGUCCAAGGUCAAGCCCAAGGAUGAAGCCAAGGAUAAGUCCAAGGGCAAAGGCAAGGGCAAGGGAAAGGCCAACGCAGUCGAGGAAGAGGAAGAGGACGAUGAAGAAGACGACGAGGACGAAGACGAAGAUGACCAGAGUGACGAGGGAGCCGACCUCGAGAACUUCGUGGUGUGCACAUUGGACACUGAGCGAAACUACCAGCAGCCCCUUGACAUCACUGUUAACCAUGGCGAAAAAGUCUUCUUUGUCGUCACUGGUACUCACUCCGUCUACCUUACUGGUAACUACAUCAUGGAUGAUGACGACAUGGACAGCGAGGACGACGAGGAGGAUGACGGCUUUGACCCCCGAGAAAUCGACUAUGCCAUGGGCGAGGACACAAGCGAUGACGAGAGUGACGACCUUGACGACGUCGAGAAUCCCCGUGUCACCGAGGUCGACUCGGAUGAAGAGGAAGCUCCCAAGUUGGUCGAAACCAAGAAGGGCAAGAACAAGCGUGCUGCCGAAGAGGCCGAGGGUCUUGACGAGAUGAUUUCGAAGGCUGCUGACUCAAAGAAGCAACAAAAGAAAUUGAAGAACAACAAAGGCGAGGCUGUGGCUGCCGAAGAGGCCAAGAAGGAUAAGAAAGUUCAAUUUGCCAAGGACCUCGAGCAGGGGCCUACAGGCUCCAGCAAACAGGCCGGCAAGCCCACAACCGGAGUCAAGGUUGUCCAGGGAGUCACUGUUGACGACAGGACUCUCGGAAAGGGCCGAACUGUCAAGAGCGGCGAUACUGUUGGUGUUAGAUACAUUGGCAAGCUCGCCAAUGGCCAGCAAUUUGAUGCCAACAAAAAGGGCAAGCCAUUCUCCUUCAAGGUCGGCAAGGGCCAAGUCAUAAAGGGCUGGGACAUUGGCAUCGUUGGCAUGGCCAUUGGUGGCGAACGUCGCUUAACAAUUCCUGCCCAUCUAGGAUACGGCUCUCGCGGCAUGCCUGGCAUCCCUGCCAACAGCCAAUUGACAUUCGAUGUUAAGCUGCUGGAGAUCAAAUAA